AUUUUAUCUAGGGAGUUAAACACCAUCUAUAUAUACUCGACUAAUUAUCUUCGUAUCGAAGAGCCUCAUACCCCCAAUCCCAAAUUCCACUCAUUGUUGUGCAAAAUGAAGCUACUACACAUCGUCCUCAUCCCAACCAUGGCCCAAGGCCACAUGAUACCCAUGCUUGAUAUGGCGAAGCUCUUCACCUCGAGAGGCCUCAGAGCCACCAUCAUCACCACCCCUUCCUUCUCCGCUCCCAUCACCCAAGCCCGACUCUCCGGCUUCAACAUCGGCCUCGUCGUCACCCCAUUUCCUCCACAAGGCUCCUCCUUGCCCCAAAACAUCGUAUCUUUCGACCAAAUGACCGAUCCCGAUCUCGCCUCCAAAUUCCUCGGGGCCAUGGAGCUGCUGCAGGAGCCUGUCGAGGAAAUCCUGCAGCAGCUCCGCCCCGACUGCAUCAUCUCAGACAUGUUCCUGCCCUGGACGGCCGAUUCUGCCGCCAAAUUCAGUAUCCCGCGCCUGGCCUUCUACGGCACCGGCUUCUUCGCGCGGUGCUUGUCGGAGAAAUUCGAGAUCCACAAACCCUUAGACAACGUGACCAUGACGUCGGAUCCGGAGGCGAUUCUCGUCCCCGGCCUCCCUCACGAACUCAAGUUUGUAAUACCGCAGCUUUGUCCCUUUUUUCUUGAAGAAACUGCGAAUGACUUCACCAAAAUGUUUGAGAAGAUGAAUGAGUCCUGGAAGAAGACUUAUGGAGAGGUUGUGAAUAGCUUCGACGAGCUCGAAUCAGGUUAUGCCAAUCACUACAAGAACGUUAUUGGGAGGAAGGCGUGGGAGAUUGGCCCUCUUCUUCUAUGCAGCGAGAAAAAUCACCACAGAGGAAAUGAAUCCGCCAUUGAUGAGCAUGAGUGCUUGGCUUGGCUCGACUCGAAGAAGCCCAACUCCGUCGUAUACGUUUGCUUCGGCAGCCUCGCCACCUUCAGCCGAGCGCAGCUGACCGAGACAGCAGCCGCGCUGGAAGCGUCCGGCCAAGAUUUUAUUUGGGUUGUGAGGAAAAAUGAAAGAGAUGAGGAGGAUUGGGUGCCGCUAGGGUUUGAGGAGAGAGUGAGGAACAAAGGGCUUAUCAUAAGGGGGUGGGCCCCUCAGGUGAUGAUUCUCUACCAUGUGUCCGUGGGGGCUUUUGUGACGCACUGUGGAUGGAACUCGACUCUGGAAGGGGUGUGUGCUGGCGUGCCGAUGGUGACGUGGCCGUUGUUUGCGGAGCAGUUUUUCAAUGAGAAGCUUGUGACGGAGGUUUUGGGGACUGGGGUUUCUGUUGGGAACAAGAGGUGGAUGCUGAGGGACAGCGAGGGCGUGGAGCGGGAGGCGGUGGCGAGGGCAGUGGAGGAGGUAAUGGUGGGCGGAGGAGCGGAGGAGAUGAGAAGGAGGGCUCAGAGGUAUAAGGAAAUGGCGAAAAAGGCUGUUGAAGAAGAUGGAUCUUCUUAUAAUAAUUUGAACGAUCUCAUUGAGGAAUUGAGCAACUAUGUUGCUCCAACCAAACAAGACAUAAAUUAGGACUUUUUUGUUUACUAUAAUUGUCUAUUUAUUAUUAUUAUUAUUAUUAUUAUUAUUAU